AUGGUUCGAUUAGUCUUUCGCCCCUAUACCCAAGUCUAUCGAUCGAUUUGCACGUCAGAACCGAUACGGACUUCCACCAGAGUUUCCUCUGACUUCGUCCUGCUCAGGCAUAGUUCACCAUCUUUCGGGUCGCAACCUGUACGCUCUACCGCUGCCCAUCUGCAUGCAGACAAGACAGGGCCAUGGUGCGCUGCUUCGAAAAGCAGAUCCCAUGUCAGCCGGUUAACCGACCUUUACUUUCAUUACGCCUUGGGGUUUUGCCACCUCUCGACUCGCAUACAAGUUACACUCCUCGGCCCAUAUUUCACCACAGGUCGGAAAGGUGAUCAAGUUUCACCCUACACACACAGAACGCACAGCCAGUGCUGUCAGCGCAACCAUAGGCAACAUACAUCACCUGUAGCCACAAUUAAGCGACAUUAG